UCCACGGGGCAUUCUAAGAGUUGAGCUAGAAGGGAACAUUAGUGGACUAAUGUGUUAAGGUGGCUCUAUUCAGUGCGACUUUUUAGUGGAUUCAAAGUCACUUUCUUGUGCUGUGUCAGCAAACAUACCUGGUGUAUAUAAGCUAAAAUGUUUCAAUAGAUUUAAAUGUUGGACAAGAGAAGAAAGAAAAAUAGGAACCAUUCUUCCAAUGCCCCUGACAUUGUUUGAUUAAUCUCUCUCCACAACAGCUGACCGCUCCAAGCAAACAAAAGGAACAGUUAUUACACAUCCAAGAACGCCUUCAUAGCAGACAAAAUUAUACGUAAAUGGCCAUCGAGGAUAACAAAGACACCAAGAUGGAGUCAAGCAGUAUUUUAGAGAAGCAGGUGAACAGUGACAUUCUAAGGCAGGCGGCCUCCAAAACGUUGUCUGUUGGGAUCACAUCACUGGAAAUCUUCAGAAACAGGGUCUCCAAGAGGGUCAAAAUUUUGGACGUAAAACUGUCUUUGUCCUACCAGGACAACUUCCAAACCGAGACCGAGAGACUGGAGAAACAACUCGUGCGGCAUGGAAAGAAAUGGUCAUGGCCACCUGCACCAGGGUCAAGGUCCAUAGCCACUUUUCCUUAUUGUCCGGGAGACAGGGUAAAUCUUAAUGUGGGACUCAUUGUGCACACCACUAAAAAGCAUGGAUUCUUUAGCAAGGAAGUGAUUACAAACCCUGCAGGAAAUGCCACAGAGUGUAUCGUAAUGGCAAAAAACAAUGGGGUGGGAAUUGGGCUUCCUUUACAUACUGUGAUAAAUCAGCAUAUCCGACUCAAUUUUGAUGUGGAUGGGUACGGUCACCACCUAACAAUGAAGCUUCGGUGCGAGUUGUUGGGGGAGUCCAAGGCCAACCCCUCCCUGUGGCUCCGCCCCUCCAAUGCUGAUAAGCCAUUCAGAACCUCCUUAUCCUUGUUUGACAUUCUAUCCAGCACUGAAAAUUUUCCAUCAAAGCAGAAAUCAGAAGAUUCUGGAAAGACACGGGGAUACAUCUGUAACAGUCAGAGGUUGGUGAAUUAUUUACGAACAGCUGUAACAGAAUGCUGGUCAUUCCGGCCGUGUUGCUCCAAUCAGGAAAUUCCGUCAGGAAUACAGGUGCGACAGAUCAGCUCCAAUAAACCGGUCGCCUGUUUGAUUCCUGUCGUGGAACACAGGGAGUAUAAUGGGAAACAGCAUUUGAAGCUAGCCUUGUUAGUUGUGGGGAGUCGUGGCCCUUACUGUCUCUGUGCCACCAGGUGGCGUAGUGCAGACAAGUUUGAUUUCAAAAUCCACUACUAUGAGAAAGAUGAAACUUGGGGACAGAGAAUAAAAUGGGCUGCCCGGGACUUCUUGGAUAUCGAUCACAUCAUUACCAACAGCACGGCUCACCAAUUCUACUUCAAACCAGAGAGAGAGAACCCCCUCAUUGAUAUGUGUGUGGGGCUGGCCUUGAAAUUCCUGGUCCGGUGGUCAGAUGAAACCAUGCCCUGGAAAAUGGAGGGUGCACGUGAGUUCACGGAGGAGGACUUUGACAUGUGCAAUAGCGUGGAGGUGGAUUUGAUGAAGUCUUACCAUAGAUCACGCACCUCGGUGAAUCCAUUAUUUUCCCAGAUUGAGAGUCUCCCUGACUUCCUAGAAUCUCACAACUUGACAUUGUUUGCUGACGUUACAGCUAAACUGUCUGACUACACUAAAGACAUUCCACCCGAACCAGAAGUCCCAAGGAGUAAGCUGACACGUAGGGGGAGUGGCAGUAGCUACGGAGAAAGUAACCAUGGUUCAGAACGUUACAUCAAAAAGGAGCAGAAAUACAGAGGAAGCACAAAGAAAGACUUAAAACGAGCAGGCAGUGCAAUAGAGACGCGGAACGAGAGUGACGGAGACGAUUUUACGUCGGGAUUCGUUGAAGGUCUUUCAAGUGGCCCCAGGUCCUGUCCAGGCUCGUAUGUGGGGAUUGAGUCUUUGAUCGACUAACGGGAACCAUUUCUGAUCCCAAUCACUUUACACUGUAUAUACCAUAAAUCAGAGGACUAAAUAGUUUUAUAGACUAUUUUUUGUAAGAUAGAUAAUUAUUUUGUGAAUAAUGUGAUAUACAAAUUCCAGAGAAUUCCAAAGAAAUUGAACAGUCGGCACUUGGUCCAUUAUUAUUUCAUCAUUAUUUAAAUGUGCUAUGAUUAGUCAUUUAUGUCAAGUGUGAACUUCAUAGGUUGUUAAUUCAUACUCAUCUUUCAAUACUGUUUUUAUUUACAUAAAUUUGUCAUGUGUUUAUGAAUUAUGUCAGUUAUGCAGAUUUGUAUAUUUUAUUCUGAUAGAUAUGAAGAUAUAUAGAAAAAAAAAGAUGUACUGACAAUUUUGAAUAUUGUGUAAUGUAAUGUUAACUAUAUAAUACUUGACUUAUUCACAAAUGUUAACAGUUGUAAAAGUCUAUAUCUGUUCAAAUACUCAGGCAUUAAGUGUUGUCAGUGCAUUUUGUAAAUUAGAAUCCAUUAGUUAGUGAGUUUAUGAAAAAAUAAAAGAAUGAGUGGUUACUAGUAUGUUCAGGGGUUAUGGCCAAGUGAAUUGUUUGCGAGUUGUACAUAAAUUCAUAUGUAUACAAUGUACAUGUAUUUUGUUUUUGUGUAAUAUUUUUCCAUCUUGUAUAUUGUAUUCCCGUCCUUUCAAAAGUUGAGCAAUGAAUGAAGCAUUGUAAAGCAUCAAAAUCUUAGUAUAGCUUAAAAUUGUUGUAAAGAAUUAUAGUCACUGAAUUAUAAUGAAAAAACCUUUUUCUUUAAUUUUUUCUACUAUAAACCUAAGUGCAUUUAAGAAUUUCGAAUUUCGCAAAGGUAGUCUUGUCAGAAAAUUCUUUUUGAAAAUUGAGUGAAGCAUCAAAAUUAAUGUGCGGUAUUUUUAUUUUUACAAGGAGACCCAAUGAUUCAUCAGAUUGUGGACAGUAAUGUCAAAUUUUUUUUUUUGCAUAGGUCUCUUCAAGCAAAAUCAACAUGUCUGAAUAUUUAAGUUGUAUUGUCUUAAAAAAAAAAUAACUCCUAUCAAACUGGAAUUAGGAAGCUGCAUUUUUUAUGUGCAAAAUUUUCUGAAUUGACUUCCAUUUAAAUUUUAAAUGUACAUUAGGUGAAACAUUAAUUAUCAUAAAUUGCAUGUUACAACUCCUUACAAGUAUUUCACAAGAGCUCAUGCAUACACAAAUACCCUUUGCUGACAAUUUGGUAUCAAGUCUAUGUUUUAUUAUCUCCUAUCUUUGAGUAUUUUACUUUGGAAUUUGAAAUGUUUCUAUUAUAUCAUCAUUCAUUUUUGUAUUUUAAAUCAUGUAUUUUUGCAUUUUUCAUGUUUAUUCCUUUGAUUUAUUUGAGGGUUUUCCUGUCAAGCAAUCUUUUUUUGGUGCCUACUUUAUUAAAUCUAAAUAUAACUUGCAUAAUUAUAGUUCUCUAUUUUGCAACAUUCUUGAGACAUUUGAUUUUUACUGUUCAGUUGAUAAAUUGUAGCAAAGAGUAGAAUUCUCUGAAAAAAUUAUUGAGCAUUCAUAAGCGUGACCGAUUUCAAAACAAUUAAAAUUCUGACAUUUUUAAUGUUAUGUUUGUUGAAAUAUUUUUGUGUUGUUCACACUUUCCCAGCGCUUUCUUACCACAUUAUAGUUUAGUUUUUGUACAGUUCUGUAGAUGAUGAGUAUAGUACGUAUAUGUCCCUAAACUCGUGGAGAUUUCCUCCAUUGUUUAGUUUUAGCUAAAUGUGACUGUGUUCAGUAGAGAAAGCUGUGUGUCAUAGAUAAGACACCUAAUGUUUCAUCCUUUUUGUUUUACACCAAGUUACAGCUCAAUAAAAUUAUAUAAAGUAUA